AUGGGUGUCGAUCUUGACCAUCGUUUCGAUCGUAAAGCCGUACGACGAGCACCACGUUCCAAAAAUUUAUAUUUGCUCUUACUUGUUAAACUCUACCGCUUUUUGGCACGUCGUACCAGCUCAAAAUUCAACAAAAUUAUCUUGAAACGUUUAUUCAUGUCGAAUACAAACCGACCGCCUCUUUCAUUAUCACGCCUUGUUCGUCAUAUGAAAAAGAAAGGUCGUGAAAACAAGACAGCUGUUGUUGUUGGUUCAAUUACCGAUGAUACACGACUCUACGAAGUCCCUAAACUCACUGUUUGUGCAUUACAUUUGACUGAACGUGUUCGCGCAAGAAUUCUUGCUGCCGGUGGAGAAAUCCUCACAUUCGAUCAAUUAGCACUUCGUUCACCAAAGGGUAAAAGUACUGUCUUAUUACAAGGUCCACGAAAAGCUCGCAAAGCUAAUCGAUUCUUCGGACGACCACCCGGUGCUCGUCACAGCACAACAAAACCAAAAGUUCGAGCUAAGGGUCGUAAAUUUGAAAAGGCCCGAGGUCGACGAGCUAGCCGCGCAUACAAGAAUUAA